AACACUUCAUGUUGCUAUACUCAAGUUUGUAACUGAAUAUUCAUAUUGUCAGUUUUUUGUUCAUUACUUGUCUUUUCUUGGUGCCUCUUCAAUUUCUGAAAAUGUCAACAGCUAAGCCAUAAGUUGGCAGUGUAUAAGUUGUGUAAACUCUAGUUGAAGUUAGUCUCUUUGUUGUUUUUGUAGCCAGAGUAUCAUCAGUGUUGUACUUCUCAUCUAACUUUUCAAAAAAACAUUUAAUCUGAUUAUUUUGUGAUUGAUACUGCAAAAAUCUCAGGUGACUUGGUGUUUCUUCAACAGUAUAUACCAUUUUGCUUCGAUGGAUGUCAAGAGUUCUUCGUAAUCUGGAUCUUCUUUAUGAUAAGAAUGAGUACUUUUAUUUGUAUCUCGAUGGGUUGAGGUGAUGCUCCCAGAGGACUAGGUGUUAACGCAGUAGUUAUGAUGCAGUAUGUUAUUUGUAGUGGGUGUAUAACUUCUAUGAUUAUGUCUAAAAGAAUUUGUUAAGCUGGUUGCUUCUUUCUACUUUUUUGUUAAAAGGAUUUGGUAUAUAAUUAUUUCAUUCUGUUACAUCUAAAAUAAAGAUAUGUUAAUUGCAAAUUUUGCAAGUCAGACACCCUUAUCCCUAUAAGGAACAUCCUGAUCAGUGCUUAAAUAAGGCAUCAAUACUGGUUUAGGCAUAUGCAUAGACAGGUCAAGAGUCUAGCUUUAAUAAGAUUUAAAUAGAUACCGUUAAUGGCUUUCGGUGCAAACCAACAAGCAGAAUCUUGGUGAUCCUCCACUAAGUUUAUGUCAGAUUUGAAGUUAGAAGCUACCAGAGAACAAUUCAACAUCAUUCUUUACUUUCCCUGGAAUCUAUUCUCCUCUCUGCCUUUUUCAUCCCAACAGCUCACUAACUUCAAACACAAGAUAUCUCCAUUACAAACUUCAUUUUAUCUGAGAUUUUUCUCUGUUCCUAGUUGUACAUUUUCUCGUAUUCUUUAACUGGUUUUCGUUGCAGAACUUCUUGGAUUUCGAUAUCAAACCGGUUUGGUUAGCUCUCCUGUUCUUCUCCUCUGUUUCAUUUUGAAGAAUAAAUUGCAGGCAAUAUGGGUGCAUCUGUAUCUAGACUUCCAAAGAGGUUACUUUCCAAGUGCAGAAUAAGGAUUUUGAUGGUCGGUCUUGAUUUCUCUGGAAAGACAACUGUCCUCUACAAGUUAAAGCUGGGAGACACAGUCACAACUGUGCCUACAAUCGGUUUUAAUGUAGAGACAGUGUCCUACAAAAACGUAAUCGUCACGAUUUGGGAUGUAGGAGGCCAGCAAAAGAUUCGACCCCUGUGGAGACAUUAUUUCCAGAACAUGCAGGGACUCAUCUUUGUGGUGGACAGCAAUGAUAGAGAUCGGAUAUCGGAAGCACGUAAUGAAUUGCAUCGGAUUCUGAGUGAUAAUGAACUCGACUGCGCAAAACUGCUUGUCUUCGCCAACAAACAAGAUUUUCCAGAUGCCAUGCCUGUCUCUGAGGUUGCUCAUAAACUCGGGCUAUAUUCUCUCCGUCAUCGUUGCUGGCAUAUUCAGAGUGCUUCUGCUAUAUCUGGCCAUGGACUGUACGAAGGUCUUGAAUGGCUAUCCAAGAAUAUCUCCAAUAAGGCACCAUACUGAUACGGAGCCUUCUUUCUGCAGGAAACGCAGGCUAGACUCUCUGUCGUUCAUGGCAGCCAUGACUCCGACUGUGAAUCUUUUUGAACACUUUUGCUCUCAAACGAUGGGCAUGUACAUGCAUAUAUACGUACAUAUAUAUAUAUAUAUAUGGGUAUAUACGCGUCUGUGUGUGUGUGUAUAAGUAGAUGUAUUUUCUAAUGUCCAUAACAUUGUAAUUUCGCUGCUGUAAAUCAGUUCAGUAAGUGAUUUACUAGUCUUCUUUGAAUCAAAACUUUUCUGGUUGAAGAUUGAGAAAGAAAAAAGGUGAUUGAAGAAUAAAGCUGCACGCUUUAGACC